CGAGAACUACUAUAAAACGGACGGGCGCAGUGCUGGACACUAUCAGUUCUUCGAGACCGGGAAAACAUGAAGGUGUUCCUGGCCGUGGUGGUGCUCGGCGUGGUGCUGCACGAGGUGCUGGGAGGAGGCGGUGGCUGGAACAGCGGCGGCGGCGGCGGCGGUGGCGGCUGGCAGAGGGGCGGCGGCGGCGGCGGCGGCAACAGCUUGUCCUCGGGCUGGUCUAGCGGCGGCGGCAGCGGCGGUUAUGGGGGCGGCGGCGGCGGCCACGGCGGCGGCAGCGGCGGCGGCUGGCAGUCCGGCGGAGGCUCUGGAGGCCACGGCGGCGGCGGCAGGGGCUGGCAGUCCGGGGGCGGCUCCGGGGGCGGCUGGAAGUCGGGCGGCGGCGGCGGCUCCGGCGGCGGCUGGAAGUCCGGUGGGGGCGGCGGCGGCUACGGCGGCGGCGGCAACUCUGGCUGGAAGUCCGGCGGCGGCUCACGUGGAUUCGGCGGCGGCUCCAGUGGCUGGAAGUCCGGCGGCGGCGGCGGCUUUGGAGGCGGCAACUCCGGCUGGCAGUCCGGCGGAGGCGGCGGCGGCUAUGGAGGCGGCGGCCACGGCAGCAGCGGCGGCGGCAGCAGGGGCUGGCAGUCCGGGGGCGGUAGCGGCGGUUACGGGGGCGGCCACGGCGGCAGCGGCGGUGGCAGCAGGGGUUGGCAGUCCGGCGGCGGCUCUAGCGGCUGGCAGUCCGGAGGCGGCGGCGGCGGCAGCAGGGGCUGGCAGUCCGGCGGCGGCGGCGGCUACGGAGGCGGCGGCCACGGCGGCAGCGGCGGCGGCAGCAGAGGCUGGCAGUCCGGCGGCGGCAACGGCGGCGGCUGGAGCUCGGGAGGCGGUGGUGGCGGCUGGUGAUCGCUGGGACCUGAAGCCCACCGACAAACGCCACGCCGUUGCCGAGGAGCGACCGGGGGGUAACCCUUCAUGCCCGGGAGGAGAGCUGAGGGAGAGAUGACACCGUGCAGCAGCUGGAACGCGGAGACGCAUUCCUGGGCGCCAAACCCGUGAUAGGACGCAUCGUCCCACCGUAAAAGAAAGAGAAUGGAAUAGAUUUUAGGUCCUAGAGGACAAUUACUCUGUCUCUGUUAUAACUGUACAACCUGUAAAUUGAAAAUUAAUAAAUAUUUUUUUCUAUUUUUUUAAACAA